CAGGUCAGUCGUCACUUGGACCAGACAUCCGAACCUCACAGGCCAGAAGACCAGAGUAGGGGCAGCUUCGUCCGAGGACGCCAUACGACUCAUACUGACAGACUUCCAGGACACGGGCGAGGAAGAUGAUGCUCCUGCUGCUGCCACUGCUCGCUCUGAGCUCCGUUGCGGUGGAGAUGACCGCGGCGCAGAGAAGCAGGGAAAGCGCCUGCGUGGAGGCGCUCGCCAAAGCCCUCCAGCUCGUCAGCAGAGAUGUCGACCAGCUCGCCAAUGACAUGCAAGCAGAGCACGACCCAAGCGAGCACACGUGGAGGAUUCUAUCAUCAGCAACUCCUCCAAUUCCCGCGAGCGAGCGCUGCGCGGCUCAGAAGCUGGCGCUGGCCUUCUACGAGAAGACGUUUCGCGCCGCGCACCUUUCCGUGGCCCCGUCCGAGAGCCUGGACGCGGUGCAGGACGCCCUCAUGAACGUCCACGCCAAACUGGGCAGCGAUGAAUGCAAUAAGAAGUGCUCUUUGCGUGGCUCCCCCGGCUCGCGAGCCAUGGAGAGCCUCAGGCAGAGAAUCAACAACGCUGCGGUCAAAAUCCUGGACCCCGUGGAGCUGCGGGUGGCGCUCACCGACAUCCGCUCGCUGAUCUAUCUCACUCGCCACGCUCACUCCAAGCGUGGCAAGAAGCGGCACACUUCCCGCAGGCGCUCGGGCGCCAUCAACAACGCGUGGCCGCGCAGGAGGGAGUGAUCGGAU